UCGUUGGCAGGUCAGCGGGCUAGUCAGGAAACAGCAGUGGGGAAAAGUUUCCCGCCGUGUUUUAUUAUUAUCUCCGAGGUCCCCCUUCUACAGCAGCCACAUAAUUAUUUUUAAUAAGCCACCAUGAGGCGAGCGAGAAGUUCGAGGAAUAGAAGUGACACAGCAGCAGAAAAUGGAGAAACCCAGUCCAAAACAGUGUGGCAGUGGAUGGGAGACAAAGGACAGUGGGAACCAUACUCUUCGUCAGUCUGCGCCGUCUUGGACUCCGCUGUCUCUUCAGGGAAAACAUCUGUCACUCUAACUCUGGGCUCAGGCACGGCCUACGAAGUUGAUCUGAAGAGGAUGGUUCAGAUCAAUCCUGUCACAAAGUACAAAAGGAAAAUUCGCUUGCAGGAUGUAAAAGCAGAAAGUCCAAAUGAAGCUGGUGACAUGGCUGCUCAUAAUGAGACACCAGCUGAAUUUAAAGGGGAAGAGGAGGAGACAGAAGAGAAACCUGCAGCGAAGAGGAGGAGAGGACAAAGCAAGAGUCAGUCUGAAAAAAUGCCCAAAAAAGCCAAAGAAGAAGUAAAAAGUGAAGAAGUUGUGAAGACAGUGGUCAUGAAGGGAAAAGCUCCAGUAGACUCUGAAUGUAAAGCCAAACUUGGAAAGGCUCAUGUUUAUAAUGAAGGAAAUGAUGUUUACGACGUGAUGCUAAACCAGACAAAUCUCCAGUUUAACAACAACAAAUAUUACCUGAUCCAGCUGCUUGAGGAUGACAGCUCCAAGGUUUACAGCGUGUGGAUGAGAUGGGGCAGAGUUGGUAAAGUGGGUCAAAACAGCCUUGUGCUCUGUGGUGGAGACCUGCUGAAGGCCAAAGAUAUUUUCAAGAAAAAGUUCUUCGACAAGACCAAGAACGAGUGGGAGCAUCGAGAUUGUUUUGAGAAAGUAGCUGGAAAAUAUGACAUGGUGCUUAUGGACUACAGCACAAACGAAAAGGAGGAGAAUGAGACCACAGUGGAUACUGCACCAAAAAAGAAGCCCUCCCAGCUGGAUCCAAAGAUUCAGUCUCUCCUUGAGCUUAUCUGUGACCUGAAAGCCAUGGAGGAGUGUGUACUGGAGAUGAAGUUCGACACCAAGAAAGCUCCCCUUGGCAAGCUGACCCCAGAGCAGAUCCGAGCAGGCUACUCGGCACUGAAGCGGAUCGAGGAUUGUUUGAAGAAGAAGAAGAAUCGUGACCUGCUGGAAGCAUGCAACCAGUUUUACACCCGCAUCCCGCAUGACUUUGGGCUGAAAACUCCCCCACUUAUCCGCACAGAAGAGGAGCUGAAGGAAAAAAUUGCCCUGUUGGAGGCGCUGAGUGACAUCCAGAUAGCGGUGAAAAUGGUCCAGUCCAGUGAAGACAGCGAUGAGCAUCCUCUGGACAGACAGUAUCAUUCCCUCCGGUGCAAAAUGCAGCCUCUGGAUUCCAGCAACCCUGAGUACAAGCUGAUAGAGAAGUAUCUGCAGUCCACUCACGCCCCCACCCACAGCGACUACACCAUGACUGUGCUUGACAUUUUCUCAGUGGACAGAGACGGGGAGAGCAACAACUUCCUGUCGCAGCUGCACAACAAGACUCUGCUGUGGCACGGUUCACGUCUUUCUAACUGGGUCGGCAUCCUCAGCCAGGGCCUUCGAGUGGCCCCACCUGAAGCUCCCAUUACUGGUUACAUGUUUGGUAAAGGUAUCUACUUUGCUGACAUGUCAUCAAAAAGCGCCAACUACUGCUUUGCCAACCAGAGCAAUGACGUUGGACUGCUGCUGCUGUGUGAAGUUGCUCUAGGAGACUCUAAUGAGCUGCUGGAUGCUGACUACGAGGCAGGAAAUAUGCCUGCUGGAAAACACAGCACCAAGGGCCUGGGACAGACUGGACCUGACCCCAAAAACUCUGCCACACUGGACGGUGUGACGGUGCCGAUGGGACCUGGUGUGAAAACAGGUGUGGGUAAAUCUAACAGUUACUCCCUCCUCUACAACGAGUUCAUCGUUUACAAUCCUGCACAGAUUCGCAUGAGAUACCUGCUGCGUAUAAAGUUUAACUACUCAUCACUGUGGUGAUGAUGGAUGGUUUUUUUUUUAGUCAUUCUUCAUGUAGAGUUAGCUUCUGUUUAGCUCUUGGUUUGGAGGGUGGUUGGAUGUUGCUGAAAACAUUUGUAUAGGGCUGUAGCAAUUUGUCAACUGACAGAAGAAUCACCUUCAACUGUCUUUAUAACUGUUUUAGUCGUUUUUUUCAAGCUAAAAUUAUCUAAUUAUCUUGUGCCUGUUGGAUUUUUUUAUGGAAUAAAUAUUAAAAUUUGUGUAGUCGGUUGAUUUUAUCCAUCACCUCCGGAUGUGCAAAAUUACUGCCAGCAUUUUCACUUUUUUGGCAUCUUAUAUAGAAAUGAUUGCUGGAUUAAAAUAACUGGCAUGUUACUGGUACUAAAAAUAACCACUGAUGCAGGCAGCAGGAUUUGAUAGAGCUCAAGGUUCUGCAUCUCCAUACUGCUCAAAAAAAAUGAACACUUUGUAAUCAGAGUAUAGCGUCAAGUCAAUUAGACACCUAGGAUAUUGAUCUGGUCAGUUAAGUAGCAGAGGGGAUUGUUAAUCGGUUUCAGCUGCUUUGGUGUAAAUGAAAUUAACAAGUGCACAACAGUGAGACAAACUCCAACACAGGAAUGGUUUUACAGGUGGAGGCCACUGACAUUUUUUGCCUGAUCAUCUUUUCUGAAUGUUUUUUUUCACUAGUUUUGCAUUUGGGUAGGUCAGGGCUCUUCAA